AAUUAGUAGCAUGCCACAAAAUUUUAUUCUGAUAUAUUUGUGGAACAUGAACAAGUAAUCAAAAUCAACCAUAUUGAAAAACAAGUAUAUAUGUACAGGGAGGAUGACUAUUGACGAAGAACAUGGCCGAAUAUUUUGUCUUUGAUAUUGCCGAAUCCCUGCUAGGGAAACUUGCUUCUUAUGUAUAUGAACAAGCUUCACGAGCCUGUGAUCUUUAUGAGGAUGUGCAAGGGAUCAUAGACACUUUGUCAAUUGUGAAAGGUGUGCUGUUGGAUGCUGAGGAGAAGCACGGGUUGCUUGAAUGGCUCAGGCAGAUUCAAAACAUAUGCUUCGAUGUUGAAGAUGUGUUGGAUGGAUAUGAGUGCCAAAGUUUGCGAAAGCACGUUGUCAAAGCUUCAUGCAGCACCAAGAUGAAGGUGUGAUAGGAAUGGAUGGCGACAAGGAUGAAAUUAUCAAGCUUUUGAUGCAACCUCACCCUCAUCAUGGUGAUGGUGAUGGAGAUAAAAGUGUGUGCGCGUUAUUCCCAUAGUGGGUAUUGGAGGCUUGGGGAAGACCAAACUUGCAAAGUUGGUGUUCACUGAUAAGAGGAUGGAUGAACUUUUCCAAUUGAAGAUGUGGGUGUAUCUCUGAUGACGUUGACAUUAGCCAGAUAAUUAUUAAAAUCAUCAACUCUGCUUCUUCUUCAGCUCUAACUAUUGCUUUUACCCACCAAGAAAACGUUAACAACUUAGAUAUUGAGUAGCUACAAAGUCGUCUUAGACAUAUGCUUUCUCGUCAAAAGUUUUGGAUGAUAUAUGGAAUGAUGACCGAGCAAAAUGGAUAGAGUUGAAAGAUUUAAUAAAAGUUGGAGCAGUGGGAAGCAAAAUCUUAGAGUAAACCCGAAGUAACUCUAUUGCUUCAAUGAUGGGUAAUGCUCCCUCGUAUGUUUUAGAAGGCCUUUCUUUUGGAGAAGUGUUUAUCUCUGUUUGUCAAAUGGGAAUUUAAGGGAGGUGAAGGUAAAAAAUAUCCAAGUCUGGUGGAGAUUGGAAAAGAAAUUGUGAAAAAAUGUCAAGGGGUUCCACUAGCAGUGCGAACAUUAGGAAGUUCCUUGUUCUUAAAUUUUGAUUUAGAAAGGGGGGAAUUCUGAAGGGAUAUGGAACAUGAAACAAAAAAAAAAAAAAAGAUUACAUUUUACCUGCUCUUAAGUUGAUCUAUGAUCAAAUGCCAUGCUAUCUAAGGCACCGUUUUGCUUACUUUUCCCUUUUUCCUUUUUCUAAAGAUUUUGAUUUGUCGGGGCUCACAUUUCUAGUUUGAUAGGUGAAGGGAUCUACUCUACUUCUACUCCUGUCAUUCUAUAACUAAGAUAAAAUAACAUUUCUGUUUUUUCA